UGGUGACGUCAGGCGGCGCGGCGGGGCCCGCCCGCUUGCAAGAUGGCGUCGCUGCUGCAAUCGGAGCGGGUGCUGUACCUGGUGCGCGGCGAGAAGGAGCUGCGGGCGCCGCUGCCGCAGCUGUACUUCUGCCGCUACUGCAGCGAGCUCCGCUCGCUCGAGUGCGUCUCGCACGAGGUGGACUCUCACUACUGUCCCAGCUGCCUGGAAAACAUGCCUUCAGCUGAAGCCAAGUUGAAAAAGAACAGGUGUGCCAACUGCUUUGACUGCCCCUGCUGCAUGCACACCCUUUCCACACGGGCCACGAGCAUCCCUGCACCGCUGCCUGAUGACCCAGCCAAGACCACCAUGAAGAAAGCUUAUUACCUGGCCUGUGGCUUCUGCCGAUGGACUUCCCGGGAUGUUGGCAUGGCAGACAAGUCUGUUGCGAGUGGUGGCUGGCAGGAGCCGGAGAAUCCUCACACACAGAGGAUUAACAAACUGGUGGAGUACUACCAGCAGCUGGCUCAGAAGGAGAAGAUCGAGCGGGACAGGAAGAAGCUGGUGCGACGCCGCAACUACGUUCCACUGGCCUUCUCGCAACACACUAUACAUGUAGUGGACAAAUACGGCCUUGGAACGAGACUUCAGCGCCAGAGACCCGGAGCUCCCAUCAGUGCCCUCGCUGGACUCUCUGUGAAAGAAGGAGAAGACCAGAAGGAGAUCAAGAUUGAGCCAGCUGAUGCAGUGGAAGAAGUGGAGCCUCUUCCUGAGGAUUACUACACAAGACCAAUCAAUCUGACAGAAGUGACGACUCUGCGCCAGCGCCUGCUGCAGCCUGACUUCCAGCCCAUCUGUGCUUCCCAGCUCUACCCACGUCACAAGCACCUCCUGAUCAAACGCUCGCUGCGCUGCCGGAAAUGUGAACAUAACCUGAGCAAACCAGAAUUCAAUCCAACAUCUAUCAAAUUCAAGAUCCAGCUGGUUGCUGUUAACUACAUCCCUGAAGUGAGAAUCAUGUCUAUUCCCAACCUGCGCUACAUGAAGGAGAGCCAAGUCCUUCUGACUCUGACUAACCCUGUGGAGAACGUCACACAUGUGACAUUGCUGGAGUGUGAGGAGGGAGACCCUGAUAACAUCAACAGCACUGCCAAGGUGGCAGUUCCUCCCAAGGAGCUUAUUCUGGCUGGCAAAGAUGCUGCAGCAGAAUAUGAUGAGCUGGCAGAGCCUCAAGACUUCCAGGAUGACCCGGACAUUAUUGCCUUUAGGAAAGCCAAUAAGGUGGGAGUUUUCAUCAAGGUCACCCCACAGAAAGAAGAGGGCGAAGUGACCGUGAGUUUCAAGAUGAAGCACGAGUUCAAAAACCUCACUGCUCCCAUCCGACCCAACGAGGAGAGCGACCACACCUCCGAGGUGAUCUGGCUCACCCACCACGUGGAGCUCAGCCUGGGCCCUGUGCUCCCAUAGCAGCUCCCAGUGCUUGCUCCCGACGGCUGGAUGGACUUGGCCCCCUGAGAAAGCACCUGGUGAAAGGUUCUGCCAGAGCUCCUUUGUGAUGUGUGGGUGUGCCACGGGCCCGGCCGGCCGCCAGGAGGGGGCUGAGGCUGCCGUGGUUUGGGCUGGUUUGUUCUCCCUCCCCUUGUAGUGCCCACUAACCACCACUCCACUUCCCCUCACUGCCACAGGCUAGAGUAACUUGCAGCAUGUGUUAGAGCACAGAGAAAGAUCUCCUUCCAGGUUUGCACUGAAUUUGGCUUUAUCAACAGAUAAUUAAGGUGGAAUUUGCAUUUAUCAGCAGAAAAGAACCCAUACUGUUUUUUUCUCCAUGUUGGCCCACAGACCUGAUGUUCUUUACCCAAUAAUGAACAACUCUUUCAGACAGAGCAAUGCUCUUCCCAAACAAACAAACAUUUUAAGAAGUGUCCCUGCCUUCUGCAUUCUGGCAAGUUACUGCCAGCAGCAUGAUCUUUUCUUUUGGUUUUCAGCUUCCUCAUAGGAUACCUCAACUGUGGGGGCUGGGCUGCAGAGCCCUACCCCUCUGGUAUAUGUAGCUUGCUUAGCUGAGGUGGCAGAUGUGUUUUCACAAAGGAGUUGAUCAGUUUGCCUUUCAACUUUAAACAUAGUGUACUGUAGUGUUCAUGGAUGUAACUGGUAACCAAGCCUGCCAUCAGCCUGCUGCAUCUCAGCUGGAUGUGGCAGAAGGGUGUGCUGCAAGCUGGGAAUUCAUGUUCUGCUGCAGCUCUUGACUGAGGCAGGAAUGCUCUGGAGAGGCAGGGAGGCUCCCUGGCAGACUUCAGCUCAAUAAAUGUUGUGUUGCUAGGGGUUGUAGCAAUGAGGGUAUGAAUGUUAAGGUUAGUUCUUACAGAUUACAAAAAUUACAGAUUACAAGAUUGUAAUUACAAAACUUCAGCAGUAAUUUGAGUUCAUAAUCUUUGUUUUUCCAGUUGGGGUGGGUGGGAGGGAGGUGUAAAGGGGUAAACUCGUUAUAUGCUGACUCCACACACUGUAGCAGAAGGUCAUUUACUUGGGAUGUAAUUUGGCUGCAGUCCAAGCUGAAAUGGGUGAUUAGGAGCUGUGUAUCCAGGAGACUGAAUUCCCAGUAAAUGCAUGGCUCUUCCAGGUAGGUGAGAUGGCUCAUCCUGCAGAGCAUUCCCAUUUGAGACCUUGACCUAUGUUUGUGAGGGGCUUUGACAUGCUGCUUUGCUGGGAAGGGCUUGAAUACCAGCCAGCCACAGCCACAUCCCUCCAGAUGCUUGUGCCAUGGCUCUGCCAGCCUGGAUCUGUGACUCCUCUGCAUGGAGGGGCAGGAUGAGGCUGCCUGCUCUCUGUGGGUGUGGUGCAGCAUCCCAAAACAUCUCCCUUAGUGAAGGAACCUGCCGUGGUGUGCUGGAGAGGCUCACACCUCACAGCUCUGGUCCUGCAGCAGGUCUCAAAGUGGCGAGGAUCACGUUUACAACUCUGUGUAGGUGACACACAGAUGUACAGCAUGAGUUGGAGACUUGUAGUUAGUAGUUAUUGUGUAGUGCUAGUGCCUGCUGUGGCUUUCCCUGUCCAGGUAACACAGACUUCACCUCUGGCCACCACUUCUCCUGUUCAGUAGCCAAAACAGCUGCUGCACUCGCAACAUGACCACAGAAAUACCUCCCAGGACCCAAGUCUUGAGCUGUGCCUGGGGCUGGGGUUUGCUGCAGGCAGCGUGACCUGCACCCUUCUCACUAAGAAAAAAAUGGUGCAUUUUAGGCUAUGCCAUUCUGAGCGCUCUGAUGAGCUCGACGAGCUGUUUUGUCCCCUCCCUGCAGGUGCUGUAGGCGAUAGGAAAGGUAUUGGCGUGUCCCUGCCUCUGUCCCCGCUCCCCAAAAGGUGCCUGUUGCCUUAUGCUUGACGUCGUGUAGUGACCUUCAAUAAAACACACGUGUCUCUCGGA